AUGUCCCGGGUUGUACGGGCUUACCGAAAGCUGGCUUAUUGGCCACGCCAAGCUUGGAAAUUAUGGCCAGAACAAAUGAUCGUCUUUUGUACAUUUGGAUCAGUCGGAGUCUUCGGUGCUAUUCGUGAAGCAGUAACUAACCCGUACUCUAUCGGUAAGUUGGUCCUUUCAAUGUUAAGAUUGUUUAGAGCGUCCAUGGUAUCGUUCCAACUACGAUGUGGUUCGUCCUGAUGCUAGAAUUGUACAUUUGUGGAGAACUCCAGAGGUAUGUUAUCAUAGACAAUAUGAGAAUUUGGGGCUUAUUCGUAAUUGUUUUUAUUUGGAUGUACGAGGUGUAGGUCAAAAUGAAAAUUUUGAUGAUAAAGGCGUAUUUUUGGAUGAGUACAUUCACACUGGGCUAAAAAUAAAAGUUAUGAUAAUAUGUAUUUGGAGAAAAGGUUAUGUUUAUGUUGAAAGUCUUUUGAAAAAGUAGUGUUGUGUUGGUCUUAUAUGUAACAUUUGAGAAGAGUAUUCUAGAAAUGUUUCUUUGUGUUCUAUACUAAUGGUACUGUUUUCCAGGAGUAUCCGGCCAAAUACGAAACCAACAGAAACGCAGGUCACGUUACCACUUACAAGAAGGACUACGGCUACAAUCUCUGA